GUCAAGAGCCAUGCCGUUGCGUUAACGCGUCAACCAAGUCUACUAGUCCUUGACGAGGACGAAGAACAAGACCACCCACCAAAUGACUUCCAUUUAAGACUUAAAAGGCCCCAAAUGGUGAAUCAAAUCGAUUGACAGAUCCUACAAAUCAAACCAUCAAUCGAUCCAAACCCUUACUACAUGAACACGCAAUGUAUGGGCGAUAGUGUCUCAAGCUCUUUAGCCCUGUUUCAUCUUCCCCUGUUUCUGCCAUGGCAAUCCAUCACAGAAAGCUAUUCCUUCCAUGCUUCGAUUUCCCUGAAACCCAUCCUCCUCGACCUCCCCCUCCACCUCCCACGCUCGUCGGCGGCAACCCCCCCGCCCAGACCCACGAAGUCCCGAUUCUCAUGUUCUCUGUUCUGGGUCUUCUUCUUCUUUUUCUUCUUCGGUUUCUCUUUUACAUCAGCAAGUGCCAUUCGAGCAUGAACAGUUAUUCGGCGAGGAGAAACAGUCCCGGAUUUGAAGAUGAUUAUUAUGGAGGCCAGAUUCGUGGCUUGGGACCCGACAACUCCGGGUGGCAGCAGGUCCGCACUGCUGGCCUCGAACAGUCGGUGAUCGAUUCCAUUCCUGUUUUCGAGUUCAGAUCCGCUGAUCGACUGGUUGAAGCAGCAGAGUGCUCCAUUUGCCUGAAAGAAUUCGAAGAAGACGAGGCUCUCCGGCUCUUGCCCAAGUGCUGCCACUCCUUCCACAGGCCGUGCAUCGACACUUGGCUGAGGUCGCAUCACAAUUGCCCCCUGUGUCGCGCACCAAUUGUUCUCGAAAAUACCCCUUUGAAAGGAGCAGAGCCGGGCUCGAACGGUCCGGCGGCGAGAGAAGCACUGGAAACGGAGAGCUUAGAGAACAAUGGUGGGACGCGAGGCCGCCGAGUCGGAGAAAUUGAAGAAGAAAGGAAAGAUUUGCAGCGUUCCAGCAAGAGGAAGCGUCAGCUCCGGGUACGGAGCGAUCUGGCCGGCCGUCUAACAAAGCCGGAGCAGGAAUCACAGCCCGUGAGAAGAUCGAUUUCCAUGGAUGCCAGCUCUGCUUCAAGGACUCAACCUACCAUGGCUUCCAUUCCUCCGGCAGGGCUCGAAGGCUGUUCAAGCAGUCAAUGAGUUCAUGAAAUUAUGAAAACAAUCUAUUUUACAUGCUAGACGUUCGACUUUGUUGACAACUCCAAGUGAAAUUACAUAUCAACCCUCAGUUUAAAUUACAAAUUAGUGCUCCCGCCAGAUUCGCCCUCCACCAUAUCUCUCUCUCUCUCUCGCUCUUUG